CUGGACAUCAUGAAGUUGUAGCUAUAGGCACAGGUGAAUACAAUUAUAGCCAGUGCAUUAAGCCAUAUGGAAGAGUGUUGCAUGACACUCAUGCUGUUGUUACAGCAAGAAGAUCUCUCCUUAGGUACUUUUAUAGGCAGCUUCUACUCUUCUAUAGCAAAAAUCCUGCUAUGAUGGAAAAGUCAAUAUUCUGUACAGAACCAGCUUCUAAUCUACUUACUCUGAAACAGAAUAUCAACAUUUACCUUUAUAUGAACCAGUUGCCUAAAGGAUCAGCCCAGAUUAAGUCACAGUUACGUCUUAAUCCACAUUCUAUUUCUGCAUUUGAAGCCAAUGAAGAACUGAGUCUCCAUGUGGCUGUUGAAGGCAAAAUUUAUCUGACUGUUUACUGUCCUGCAGACAUUGUUAAUAGAAUAAACAGUAUGUCCUCUAGUGACAAGUUAACAAGAUGGGAAGUGCUUGGUAUACAGGGAGCAUUGCUGAGUCAUUUUAUACAGCCAGUGUAUAUCACCAGUAUACUUGUUGGUGAUGGGAACUGCAGUGACACUAGAGGCUUAGAAAUUGCGGUAAACCAACGUGUUGAUGAUGCACUCACUUCAAAACUUCCAAUGUUUUACUUGGUCAACAGACCUCACAUUAGCUUAGUACCUUCUGCAUAUCCACUUCAAAUAAACUUGGACUAUAAAUCCCUGAGUAUGAAUUGGGCACAAGGAGAUAUUUCUUUGGAAAUUGUGGAUGGCCUAAGUGGCAAGAUCACUGAAAGUUCCCCAUUUAAAAGUGGUGUGUCAAUGGCAAGUCGGCUUUGUAAGGCUGCAAUGCUAAGUCGAUUUAAUCUGCUUGCCAAAGAAGCUAAAAAAGAUGAUUUACUGGAAGCUAGUACAUAUCAUGCAGCCAAGUGUAUGUCUGGAUCCUAUCAAGAAGCUAAAACUUUAUUGAAAUCCUACUUACAGCAACAUGGCUAUGGCUCCUGGAUUGUGAAAUCUCCCUGUAUAGAGCAAUUUAGUAUGUGAAUUAGACAUCCAUUGUCGUAUUAAAAAUCUUUUAUUUUUUUGUGUGAUUUGA